CUGAGAGGCCCAAGUACACCUUUGACUUCUCAGAAGAAGAAGAUGAUGCCGAUGAUGAUGAUGAUGCCAACAAUAAUAAUGAUUUGGAUGAGCUCAAAGUAAAGGCCUCUCCCGUUACAAAUGACAGAGAGGAUGAGUUUGUUCCCUCAGAUAGUUUAGAAAAAGAUGAAUAUGACUUCUCCCCGGCCAAACCCAAGCCAUCUCCAGAAAAAAUGUCUCAAGACAAGAAAAAUCAAGAUUUUGGGAACAUCUUCUCUUUUCCGUCUUAUUCUCAGAAGACAGAUGAUGAUACAACAAAAUUGGACAGCGAUGAAGAGGAUUCUGCUCCUGUUUUCUCAUCAUCUUUUGCCCCUAAACAAACAGAGAAAAUUCCAAGUAAAACAGUAGCUGCUAAAAAGGCAAAACUAGAUGUGCCCCCUAAACCUAAAAGAGCUCCCAAGGCCAAGAAGGUGGAAACUGUAAACUCUGACUCAGAUUCAGAAUUCGGCAUUCCAAAGAAGACUGCGGCACCCAAAGGAAAAGGUAGAGGGGCAAAGAAAAGGAAAGCAUCCAGUUCAGAAAACGAAGGUGAAUACAACCCUGGGAAGAAAACACCUAAAUCAACACCAAGCAAGAAAUCCAAGAAGGCCGCUUUCGACCAGGAUUCUGACGUGGAAAUCUUUCAGUCAGGCUUUGCCUCCGAAACUGCCCCAAAGCCACGGACGGGCCGGGCUAGAAAAGAAGUUAAAUAUUUUGCAGAGUCUGAUGAGGAUGAUGAUUUUGAUAUGUUUAAUUAAGUGCCCAAAGAGCACACAAAUGUUUUCCAACAAAUAUCUUGUGUUGUCCUUUUGUCCCUUCUGUCGCAAACUUUUGUACAUUUGACUUAUUUUAUGUGAUAAUGUAAUUGAUGGUUUUUAUUAUUGUGUGUAGGCAUUUUAACAUUUUGUUCUUACACCUACAGUUUUAUGCUCUUUUUUACUCAUUGAAAUGUCAUGUAUUUGUCUGACUGGCUUGUAGAGGUGUUCUAGACAGCUGUGCUAAAGCACAUUUUAAUUGUCAUGGUUGCAAACAGCAAACCUGCUUUUUGAAAUGAAGUUUAAACAUUAAAAAAUGGAAAACUA